UUGAUAACGACACAAAAAUUAUAGAAUUGAGGGAACGAACUCAUCAAGCAUUGCGGAGAAUUACAGUGCCCAUGGAGACGAUGAAGUUGAUAGAUACAUUUCAACGACUGGGAAUAGGGUACAAUUUCGAAGACGAGAUCAAUGCAUUAUUGAAAGGGUUUUCAGAUGGACACCCCGAUGAAGAUCUCUUAGCCAUUGCUCUACACUUUCGGUUGCUCCGACACUAUGGUUACCAAAUCUCUACCGGUACAAACUCCACACCAUGUUUGAUUUUGGGAUAA